AUGCCGCCGGCCGGUGUUAGGGCUGCUCGGCGCCGCAGGGCUGCCUGCUGUGGCUGCGCGCCGCUCGGGAGGACGCGCAGCAGCCUUCGUGUAGUUCAGGAGCUGCGCUUUGGGUGUGCGGAGAGCUGUAGCAUUGUCUGUCCCCGGGGUGAUCGUGUGGGAGCCCCGGUGCCGUCGGUGUCACCAUCUCUGGCUGCGAGUGUUGGAGGUGUUUUUAGCAGCUUCAAAGAUGUUGGCACAGGUACCUUUGGGCGUGUUCAUCUGGUGAAGGAAAAGAUGGCCAAACGUUACUUUGCACUGAAAGUAAUGAGCAUUCCUGAUGUCAUUCGACUGAAGCAAGAGCAACACGUACACAAUGAAAAGUCUGUCUUGAAAGAAGUCAAUCACCCCUUUUUGAUCAGAUUAUUUUGGACCAACCAUGAUGAACGUUUUUUAUAUAUGUUAAUGGAAUACGUGCCAGGAGGAGAACUUUUUAGUUACCUGCGCAACAUGGGGCGUUUCAACAACAGCACAGGACUGUUUUACUCUGCAGAAAUUAUUUGUGCAAUAGAAUACCUGCACUCCAAAGAAAUAGUUUACAGAGACUUAAAACCUGAAAAUAUAUUACUAGACAAAGAAGGACAUAUCAAGCUUACUGAUUUUGGAUUUGCUAAAAAACUGGUGGAUAGGACAUGGACGCUCUGUGGCACUCCUGAGUACCUUGCCCCAGAAGUUAUACAAAGCAAAGGCCAUGGAAGAGCUGUGGAUUGGUGGGCCCUAGGAAUUCUUAUAUUUGAGAUGCUGUCAGGGUUUCCUCCAUUUUUUGAUGACAAUCCGUUUGGUAUUUAUCAGAAGAUUCUUGCUGGCAAAAUAGAUUUCCCGAGACACUUGGAUUUGUAUGUAAAAGACCUUAUUAAGAAACUGCUUGUGGUUGACAGGACAAGACGAUUAGGAAAUAUGAAGAAUGGAGCAGAUGAUGUGAAGAGACAUCGAUGGUUCAGGUCUAUAGAUUGGGAUGCUGUACCUCAAAGAAGACUAAAGCCUCCCAUAGUACCAAAAGUAUCCAAUGAUGGGGAUACUUCCAAUUUUGAAGCUUAUCCUGAAGAUGACUGGAACAAGACACCUCCAGUACCCCCUAAAGAUCUAGAAAUUUUCAAGAAUUUCUGAAUGCAGCAUCUACACUGGACGAGAAACUGGAAGAAAAUUGAAGUACUAAGAGCAAGUCUGAAGAAAAACGAUGUUCAACAUAAAUGAAGACUUUUUGUGAAUAAGAAUGAUGCUGCAUUCAGAUAUGCAUAUUAGUAUAUAAUAAAUAUCUAAAGAGUUGGAGGCAGGCAAGAAUAGUUUUUUGUUGUAUUUGCUGUAACAUUUGACAUUAGUUUAGUAAAUUGUAAUAUUGAUAGUCUACUCUGAAGUAGACUCACUAAUAUAGUUUAGGAUUUUUUUUUUAACUUAUGGUUUGGUUAAGUUUCCUGCUAUUCCCAGAUCCUUUUUGCAUAGUUAACUCAUAGACUUAAUUUUAUAAGUUUAUACUAAACUUGUGUAAUUAAAAGCACAAAUUAGUAUAUAUGUAUAUAAUGAACACAGUACAGCUAAAGCACAGGAACUGUGCAAAGAUGUAAAUUUUUGUAC